UACAGUAUAGGCUAGCUUCUAUCGGACUUUCCUCUGGCCUGGGCUCCGUAUAAAUUUUCAGCCACUGCGCAUAAUCCCCAGAUCCUUCUUGGAAGUAGCGCCGGUACAAACAGAAGUAAAGGACCUGACGGAGGAAGGAGAGCUCCCCCGGCACUCACAUCAGCGCGGAUUAUUACCUCUGAUUCACUUACAGGAGAUUUAUACGGAUAUUGUAGGAUUUUACAGAACCAUGGGCAGAAUUUCUUUACCCUUUACAGUGGUGGCUGUCUGCUGGGUGCUCUCCUGGCACAGGGCUUUAGCCUCAGAUACGACAAGUAUUGGCAAAGCUUCAAACGUGAAAUGGUCGUCUAUCAAUUUUAAGACUAUUAUUGACUGGGAGCCCAAACCAACAAAUUACACAUACACAGUGGAAGUGGCUGGUGAAGGUUCCGACUGGAAGAGGAAAUGUAUCUAUACAACUGCCACAGAAUGUGAUGUGACCGACCUGUUAGAGAAUGUAAAGGAUAAAUACACUGCUCGCAUUAUUUCUGAAGUACAAGAUGCUGAGGACUUCACAGAGGAGGCCCCUUACACUGAUAGCCCUCCAUUUUCUCCAUACCAGCAGACAAUUAUCGGAAAGCCAGUCAUUGACGGUUAUAAUUUCAGUAAGGACCAUACGAAGCUCACGGUCAUAAUAAAGGAUCCAUUAACACCCUACAGAUUCUCAAAUGGCAAUUUUAAGAGUAUUCGGGAUAUUUUCAACAACGACCUUACCUACACAGUUUUAUACAGGAGAUCUUCUAGUACAGGGAAGAAACAGGAGACAAGUAAUAGCAAUGAGAUUGUCAUUAAAGUGGAUCGGGGUGAGAGCUAUUGCUUUUAUGUACAAGCAACUAUACCAUCUCGCAGUCAGAACCGCGUCAGUCAAGUAUCUGACGAGAAGUGCACUACUGCCAGUGAGAACGAGUUGGAUAUUACUGUAUUGGUUGCUGUGAUUAUAUCAGUGGUACUGAUCAUUGUGAUUGUUAUCGCUCUGUCUGUUAUGCUGUGCAAACGUAAAAGGGCAAAGCAGGGAAAAGAGUCCAACGACGUCUUAUAAGCAGCAUUCCCAGCCUGUCUACACUACUAGAACCCUGCAGCUGCCCAGCACACUGCUUGCUGCUCCUGGCAGUGAAUUACUCUCCUGUUUCUGUGAAACACACUGGUUCUGGAAAACCUUUAUAACUGUUACAGUCAGAUUCUGACUAGUUUAGAAUGUAAUUUUGCAAACUAUUGUAUGGAAUUGUGUAUGUAUGGGAAACGCUACAUUUUGAAUUUCAACACUAUUUUAGUAUGGCUCAGGUUGGGCUUAAAUUCUGUGCUAAAGAAACUGGCAUAGCCAGAGGUCACUAACUAAUAAGGUACAGAAAAUAGGUACUUGUUUAAACAGUAGCUGGAUACUGAGUCUCAGGUAAAAAGGAGGAUUUCUCUUGGAGAAAAAUAUCAAUUUUUGCACUUAUAUAAAUUGUAAUGCUGUUAUCUUAUGCUUGUUCAUUAGACAAUGUUAGGGUUCAGAAUCUUAUUUAUGGCUACUAAGAGGUCCCCAGUUUCCAUGUGACAUUGGCUGCCAACAGCUGGAUGAACACAAGUCUGGCCACUUUUGUGGGGACCAAAUCAAAAGUGUACAUUUUCAUAAUAUAAUGUCAUAGUAUAAUAUCCCAUGCCAUAGGCAUAUCCUGUGUUACUGGUACACCAACGUGAUGGAGCUUGAUUUAUGUGAUUUGUGCAUCACUUUUAUUUUGUGGCUUUGCCCCAUGUCCUUCAGAAUGACUGUAUAUGGGCAGAUAUGCCAUGCAUUAUAUUGUAGAUGCAGGUGGUCUCUUUAUAGUAUCAUGAACACUCAGUGCUGCUCCUUAAAACAUGACAACAUUCCUUUCCAUGGAACUAUUACAUAGUUUUAUCAAAGCACUUAUAAAAUGAAUAGUCUAUUUUUAUAACUUUAUAGUAUUUUGCAUAUAUAUAUAUGUUGUUUUGGGAUAGAGUUUUUUAGACUACGAAUCAAGGGAAUUAUUUAUGUAUGUGAUUUUAUAUGGUUGGUUUUAUGGGUUAUUAUUAAUAUUGAUUGUGUAUUUGUAUAUUUUGGAGUAACUUAUUUUAAUGUGAAGGUCUUUAAAUAAAGGUGAAUGGGGAAAAAGUACUGAA